UCUCUCCUCUUUUUCUUUUUUCGGGGGGGGUUUUCUAUCCUCCGACUGUUAUGUGACUUUCCCCACUCUGGCUUUUUUUUUUUUAAAUCGCUGAAUAUUUCAACGAAGUCCCGUAAGGAGCCAAAAAAAAAACCUCUGCGUACAAGCCAAUGAUGACAUCCAAAGAGGUGGCCAAAUGUGAUGCAGUGGAAAACAGGAGGCGAAGUCCGCUGGACCACUUGCCGCCUCCUGCCAACUCCAACAAGCCGCUGACUCCCUUCAGCAUCGAGGACAUCCUGAACAAACCGUCCGUGAAGCGCAGCUACACGAUAUGCGGCACGGCUCACCUCAUCUCGUCCUCCGAGAAGCACCGUCCGUCCGGUGUCCCCCUGUCCAGCCGCGCUCUGCUCAACCAGACCUCGCCGCUCUGCGCGCUGGAGGAGCUGGCCAGCAAGACGUUCAAGGGGCUGGAGGUCAGCGUCCUGCAGGCGGCCGAAGGCCGGGACGGGAUGACUCUGUUCGGCCAGAGGUCCACCCCGAAGAAGCGUCGGAAGUCCCGGACGGCGUUCACCAAUCACCAAAUCUACGAGCUGGAGAAGCGCUUCCUGUACCAGAAGUACUUGUCCCCCGCCGACCGGGACCAGAUCGCGCAGCAGCUGGGCCUGACGAACGCGCAGGUCAUCACGUGGUUUCAGAACCGCAGGGCCAAGCUAAAACGGGACCUGGAGGAGAUGAAGGCCGACGUGGAGUCGGCCAAGGCCGUGGGACAGGUCCCCCUGGAGAAGCUCGCCAAGCUGGCGGACCUGGAGAAAUGCGCCAACGGCACGCUGGGCCACCCGCGACCCGAGUCGCCCGCGCGGGGCGGCCAGCAGGAGCUCGAGCUCGCGCAGAAACUGCGGUCGUCGCCGCUGUCCCCGUUCUCAGACCACACAACGAGUAAAGAGUGCUCAGAGGACGAGGACGUGGAGAUUGAUGUGGACGACUGAUGGCGCAGCGUGGGGCUGAGAAGGCGAGAGACACAAAAAGACGAUAAAGAAGAAAGAAGAAAAAAAAAUCCCACCGAGGACUUGUAACUUACUAUAUUGUAUACCAUAUCUCAGAACGUGUACCAAAAUGUAUUGACUUUUAUAUCGACACAGAAAUACCUAUUCAUAGUGACGCAUGAAAAGAGAAACGAGAAAUAUGCAGUGGUAUUUUACAGUGUAUCCAUUAGCGAUCUGUUACUCCUUGCAAUCAAAGCAAUAUGGUCCAACGUGACAGGAGUAACUCACUAUUUUUUUACACUGUAGGCCAACACACACACACACACACACACACACACACACACACACCUGUUCCAAAAGGCCUGUCCUCACACACACACUCAAAAGUGCUCCAGUUUUUUCCGCCAUAUUUUUGCAUGUAAAUGCAUGAUUUGAUUUGUGAUCAUUAUCUAUUUAUUCUUUUCUUUAUUCUUUUUUUUAUUUUUCUCUUUAAUUUAAACGCUAUUGUCUUUUCUGUGAGCCAAGUCGCCAUUGAGUCACUUUUGUCACUGCCGGCUCCUCUUCCUCCUCCUCCUCCUCCUCCCCUCCUCAUCAUCAUCUGACUGUAACCCCUUGACUUCAGUUCAUAUUCGGCGUCCCGAUGCUGCAGUGCAUGAUUAUGAUGAUGAUGAUGAUGAUGUUGAUCGGAAAGGCAAAAACUCGGAUAUUCACAGCGUCGCGUUUAUUUCAUGGGACUGCUCCAGCGAUGGCGAGGAUCGACAGAGAACACUGCGGCGAUUUUAAACAAAGCUGUUGGCCACUUUUUAGAUUUAUUGUUUGGAUACAAUAGAUUUACAGUUAGAGCCUAAAUUUGUUAUGUUUUUGUACACCUGUAAGUGCCUUUCUAAAAUCAGGACAUUAUAUGAAAACCAAUGCACAGACUGUAAUGUAUAUAGGCUACUAUGGGAAUA